UGUCACUGUCAGUAAUCAACAAAUGUCUAAAUUAUUAAAAUAAUUAACAAUUUAUAAUUUUUAUCUGUAUCAUAUACCCGUAGAACGAUUUUAUAUUGUAGAUACAUAUUUAAAAUUUAAACUACACAAACAGUAAUAUGAAAAAAUACUUUUUACCUCGAAACAACUAACCCAGCUUUUAAAAUCAACAAAGAAAAAAAAAAGUGCAAAAAUGAGCUCCGGAUUUAUCACCGAAUCUGAAGCAGCAGAAAUAAGAAAACGCAGACAAGAAGAAUGGGAAACUGUUCGUAAUGCUGACGACCCACUAGUGAAACCAGAAGAACCAUAUGAUAAUCGAAGUUUGUUUGAAAAAUUGCAAGAACAAAAGCAAAAAAAGGAUCUUGAAUAUGAGGAAGCACAUAAACUAAAGAAUAUGAUAAAAGGAUUGGACGACGAUGAAAUAGAAUUCCUAGAUCUUGUUGACCGUAAAAAAACAGAAGCUGAUAGGAGAAAGGAAUUAGAAGAAGAGCAAGAAUUGCUUGAUUAUCGAAAUAGAGUGUCUAUAUUGCAAGAAAAAUCAAUGGACGAAAGACUGCAAGCUGAAAUUGUAGUAAACAAAGUAAAAAAAGAUAAACAACCUAAUAUGCAACAGAAAUUAAUGAAAGGUGUGGUUAUAAAAAGACCUGAAAGUCAGAAGAGGAAAAUCAGCGAAUCUGGUGAUGAUUCUAUAGAAGUUACUAAAAAAAAAUUAUCAAUAGAGGUUGAUACAGGGUUAAAAUGUAUAGCAGUAUUACCUGGAAUAGGAUGCUAUGAGGCUUCUUCUUCUGAUGAAGACAGUUCAGAGUCAGAUAUCGAUUGUAAACCACUGAAUAAAAUAGAUUUGUUAGGAAGGAAGUUAGAGAAGAAAGAAGAAACUUCUCAACAUUAAUUUUAUUUUAUAAAUAAUGUUUAAUAAUUAUUCUGGAUAGAUAUAAAAAAACAAUAAAAUUAAAUAUAUA